AUGGACGUCAGCAACGUUGAUCAAGCCUCAAGCCACCUGUUACAGACCGGCUUCCACCAGUUUCCAUGGACGGAAAGUGGCAACCAUGAAUUAUCUCCCGGUUGUGGCAAAUGGCUGAGCGAGACCUUGGAACUUCGAGUUCCCGACGGCCUCUUGUGUAAGAAAGAUAUCCGCACAACGGCCUGCACAGCCUGGGCUAUUGUGUUGGCACAAUACACAAAUGAGACCGAUGCACUUUUUGGGGUACUUUCCCACAAAAAGGGUGGACGUCGGCUCAUGGAAGCUAUCGCAGUCGACUUUGAGAAUACGACAACAGUGAUUGCACUAUCUGAGCAUAUUGAAAAACAACUCAAUAACGGAGUCAAAAGUUCUACUGUUCAUUGUCAUGACGGCACAAAUCUACGUAGCUAUGUUGGAUUUGAUUCCGAUCUUGGCGCUAAUCAUGUCGAUUCAUCACCACCAGAGAGAAGCGCUUUGAUUUUAUGGGUUACUUUCAAGGGACAGCUCAUGUCUCUGCGAUCUGAAUUCGACUCGAAAGUCGUCAGUCAAGCAGAAAGCAAACUCAUAAUGGGUCAUUUCUCGCAGGCGAUCAACCACGUCUUUACUUGUGACACAGUGGCCACAUCCAUUAAUGAUCUCAACCUGCUCACCCGUGACGAUCAUGCCAAACUUGAAGAGUGGAAUUCUUGUACUAUCGAGCCAGUGAAUGAUCUUCUCCACAGCUUGUUUCGAAAAGCAUCUCAACGGUAUGCUCAUAAUUCAGCACUCAUUCACUGUGCCCAGGUCAUUACAUAUCAAGAGCUUGAUGUCGCGUCCGACCACCUGGCUUGUCAGAUCAUGAAGGCUGACAGCUCACUCGGUGGACAUGUCCCAAUUUGCUUCGAGAAAUCCUCCAAUAUGGUCAUUGCAAUGCUCGCUGUCCUCAAAGCAAGCAAAAGCUUCGUACCAAUUAGUCCGAUGUGGUCAAAAGAACACAAAGACCAUGUCUUAUCUGCUCUGCAAGCAAAGGUCAUACUCGUUUCGGAAGCUGUUCAUGAUGACCGCCUGAUCGAUUUGAUUGUACCAGAGCUUGUGGUGAGGUCGGUAUCCAUGGAAGCAAACGAGAUGAACCACACCACUCAUGUAGAGAAUCAGACGGAUUCUUCAUGGCCUGCAUACGUGAUUUUCACCUCGGGCAGUACUGGCACUCCUAAGGGAGUUGUGAUCGAACAUCGCAAUGUAUGCACGGCCAUGAUUGAAUUGGGAAACAAGCUCGGUCUGCAGCAAGAGACAAGAAUGUUCCAGUACUCCUCUUUCACCUUUGACGUGUCUGUUUUGGAGAUUUUUGGGACCCUCCUAGUCGGAGGAUGCGUUUGCAUUCCUUCGGAGACAGAACGACUGAACAAUGUUCCCAAGGCGAUCGAGGAUAUGAACGUCAACACAACCAUUUUCGUUCCGAGCGUCUUGAAGAUACUUCGCCCUGAACAGGUACCGACAGUGAGGAAACUGGUUGUUGGAGGAGAAAAGCUCACGCGGGCAUUGGUUGACAUAUGGGCAGAGAAGCUGCAACUCAUCAACGCGUAUGGUCCCACAGAGACAUGUGUUUGUUCAGUUAUGAACUUGCAUGUUUCCCGCGCGGCAUUUGGUGACAACAUUGGAAAAGCAGUUGCCUGUCGUGUUUGGGUUGCUUCGCCCAGAAACGAGUGCCGGCUGGCGCCCGUUGGCGCCGUUGGAGAACUUUGGAUCGAGGGUCCCACUGUCUCACGAGGGUAUCUCAAUAACGAAAUGGCGACAGAGUCCAGUUUCAGGCCUACUCUACCAUGGAGUGACCGCGACAGUACUGAAAGGGCAUAUAGAACUGGGGAUUUGGUGCGAUAUCUUCCUGAUGGAAAACUUCUAUUUCUCGGGCGGAAGGACCACCAAGUGAAGUUGAACGGCCGCCGAAUUGACCUAGAGGAGGUCGAAGGCAUCAUCAGUGAGUCUCCUCUCAUCACUGAAGCGGCUGUGCUACUUUCGCAUAUCGAUGACUUGGCUAUUCUCGCUGGCUUUUUGGUAUCCAAGGGAACGUCGGAAAAUUGUGAAGAUUUUUGUCGUCGCAUCACGGCAUCGAACCAUGAAUUUGUCGCUUUGUUUGACGACCUUUCGGAAAGGUUGCCCGAUUAUAUGAUUCCUGAAUAUCUGAUAUCAGUCAAUUCAAUCCCGAAAAUGAAUUCUGGAAAAGCGGAUCACCAUCGCUUGUUGGCUUUCCUCAAGCAAAUUCGCCUUGAUCAGUAUCAUCCGGGCAAUGGGGAUAAAAACCUGGCAGAACAAAGUCCCAAAGACAGCUACGAGUUGAUGAAAGCACUUUGGGCAAAAUCCCUGGACGUUGACCCGUCUUCCAUUUCUGUCAGCGAUCGAUUCCUGCAUUUAGGAGGAAAUUCAAUAAAAGCGAUGAAGCUUGUAUCUGCAGCCCGUGAUAGUGGCAUUUCGCUUGCUGUGGAAAAGAUCCUCGGAAAUUGCACUAUUGGGGAACUGACUAGUACGGCUGACAAGCACCAGGUGAUUUCGAAGGGUGUGAAAACAAAGUUUCAAGGGCAAUCGUCAUCCCCAAAGAUCUAUAAGCCCACCUGGAUUCAAUUGGUCUCCCUGACCGCUAUCAAAGCAUUCCCAGAAGGAAAUUACACACGGACUAUCAUUGAGCUGAGUGGUAGCCUGGACCUACUCCGUCUCAACCAGGCAUGCCAGUCCUUAGUUCAGGACAACGAGAUCCUACGAACUCAGUACACACUUCGGAACGGCGCGAUAGAAGCGAUCGUCCUCGAUAAGGUCGAAGUGCCGCUGCUACGCUUUAAUUCUCGAUCGGAGGCUUUGGAGUAUUGGGAGUCAGGUCCCUCGUCGUGUUUUGAUCGACAACUGGUGGAUUUUUCUUAUGUUGUGCUAGAUGAGAACUGCACACACCUUGCAAUCGGCUUACAGCACGCCCAGUAUGACGCAUGGACACUGCCUCUGCUUCUUGGUCAACUGCAACGCAUGUAUCAGAGUAGCCCUGUGAGUCCUGGGCCGCCUUUCUCGGCAUAUGCGGCGACAUUGCCUCGUGAAACAAAUUCAGAAGCGGAGCUUUUCUGGAAGAAUCAGCUGUCUGGUGUGCCUAUGACCCUUCUCAGUACCAAGAUUUCUGAAAGCGAUGAGCCAGACGGACACUUUCAAAAAACUCUCAAAGUUCCACCAUCUCACUUCACAUUCGCUACGACAGUGUAUGCCGCAUGGGCUCUAGUUCUGUCACGCCAAGCUAACACCCAACAAGUCGUAUUCGGUGGAGCUGUCAGUGGCAGAAACAUCAAAAUGGAGGGCAUUCUUGAGGUUGUGGGGCCAUGUAUCAACAUGAUUCCUUUCACUACCAAGGUCUCCAGAUGCGCGACAUAUCUUGAAGUCUUAAAAACCGUCCGAGAUUCCAUGGUGGCAACGGUUCCGUAUGAAGCCAUGCCAAUGCCAGAUAUCAUUACCCGUUGCACAAACUGGGACCCUUCCGCCAUCUUCGGAUCCAUCGUUCAACAUCUUGAUGUUAGCUUUGAUUUCACUCAUCUCACUGGAACAGAAUCCGAUGUCGAGUUGGAUUGGAAGUUCUUAGAGGCCAAAAAACAGGUCGGAUGCUGCCGGGCUACAGACAUAUAUGUUUUCUCGACCCCAUCACGCAAGGACUACGUGGAUCUGCAACUGAAAUUCAAUCCGUCACGCAUUUCACCCAGUCUAGCCGAGAGCUUGUUUGAGCAACUUUGCGAGCAUAUUCUGGUCGCGUCCCAGCACCCAGAAGCAAAGGUUUUGAAUUUCCUUUGA